AUGUCUAUCAAACGCGAUAACUCGAGACUACUUUGCGGUUAUAGCAGAGGAGCGGUCACUCUAUGGAACAUACAGUCCGGGGAACUGAUUAAGACAUUCACAGAAUUACAUUCACCGCAAACAACUGUUCUUCAUCUGAAGUUUAUGUCCGAUAAUAAUUUCGGUGCUCUCAGUGACAGCAGUGGAUCUGUUUAUAUGCUUGACUUUAGGCGCCGAGAUAUUGACGCUCAGUGUAUAUUUUCCGGAAGUCGCGGAGAAGUCUUAGUGAUAGAGCCGUUAAUACUGCCCGAGAAUUCAAAGGGAGCAGAAAUGUUGAAUUUUAAUAGUAUUUGCUUACUAUCGAUGGCAACGGUGACCAAAGUUAUUGCUCUGUCAUUACGGCCCGCAAUCAAUGUUCACUUCACACAAAUACUUAAGGGAAAAUCAGAUACUUUACCACUGAUUUGUUGGCAGUUUGUUAUGGUUCAAAUCGCAGAGAACACCCGAGUUGUAGACCCUGUGCUCUCAUUUGCCCGACAAAAUACUAUUUACUUCUUUCAAGCAAGCUUUAAGAACUCAUCGCAAAUACUGUUCACACCAUUGAUGCAAAUAAGUGUUGGAUAUGUCAUACAAUCGAUCAUUUGGUUGAAUUCGCGGACAAUUGUGACGAUCGAUGAAACGGAGAAAAUGCAUGUUUUGGACGUUAAGUCCGAAGAGGAGUUAGAAGUG